AUGUCCCUGCUUCUCUCUUGUUUGAAAUUCAGUGUUACCACAACGAUCUUUCUGGUUGCUGCAUUUCUUGCGGUUGUGUUGUUCUAUCCAUUUCCAAGUGUUGAUCAGAUUACAAAAGAAUGGCCUUUAAAAACCAUUGAAGAAUAUGAACACAAGAUGGCUCCGAUGAUGGCUACUCGUGGAGUUCAUUUGUCUUUUUUCCCAAAGAAAGCCUCAUGGAGAAAGAUUAAAUUGUCCAGUGGAAUGGAGUUCAACUUGUUAGAAGGUGGUAAGAGAGAGGGAGAUGCCAAUCAAAAGUUGUUGAUUUUUAUGCAUGGCUAUCCUGAAAGUGCUUUGUUGUGCUGGGGUAGAUAUUUAGAUCACUUCAUUGAGAAAGGAUAUUGGGUCAUUGCACCCGAUAUGAGAGGUUUUAAUGAGAGUUCUAAACCUCUACCAGACAGUGUGGACUUGCAACAAGUGAUGAAUUAUCCCAAAUCAUUUUCAUUUGGUGACAUUAAAAAGUACUUGUCUGACUUGCACCGAAUUGCCUAUUAUUACACGGAUAAGUAUUAUGCACAGGAUUAUUAUUUAUUGGUGACUGAGUAUGCAAAGAGAGAUAGGGCCAUUUUCAUCACACACGAUUGGGGUAGUGGAGCAGCUAACUAUGUCAUGCGUGAACAUCCAGAGAUUUUCGAGAAAUUGGUCACAGGUGUUGGAAACUUUUUAAAUUCUCAAUUCAUUAAGAAACAACCACUCGAUUUUUUGAAACAAUUACUCAAAUCGUGGUACAUUUUUUUCUUCCAAGUGUUGGGAGUAUCUGAUAUUGCCAUGUCAAGAGAUGACUUUUCCUUCCUACUCUUCUUUACAGGAUUUGAUGAAUUGGGACGUCAGGGAAGAAUGUCUGUUGAGGAAUUGAAUUUAUGGGCCAAUCAUUGGAGAAGGAAUUAUGUCACCGCUACUGCCAUCUAUAGAGGCAUCUUUAGAAAUUCCAAGCCACCUCAAAAGAUUGAAAACAAAUCCGUCUCCGUUCCAAUUCUUUACAUUCAUGGAGAAAACGAUCGAUAUAUUUCAAGUGCACCCAUGUACUUUUUUUUGGAGAAUAUGUUAACUGAAGAGGCAAGAAAACAAUCGAGUGUAUUUGAAGUGAAGAAUGCUCCUCAUUGGACUCAAUUAUAUGGCGAGGAAAUUAUUCCAAAGAUUGAGAAAUUUAUUUCUAGGGAUAGCGCUUGA